GGGAAUGGGGGUUGAUGAGAUAAAAACCGGUAAUGGAUAGAUAAGAAACUAACCUCACUCACACUUGAAACUUGAAACCAAGUAUGUCUCUCUGUCUUUGUCCGAGUCUCAGUCUCAGUGUCUUUCAAACUCUUAUUAUGUUUUCUCUCCCUCCUAAUUGGAAACUCAAUUAAUGAUAAGCAACUACAACUAUUCCUAUUCCUAUUCCUAUUCCUAGUACCUCACUUUCUUCCAAUGGAGGGUCAGGCUCCGAUAAUCAACGACUCAACAUUCUCUUCUGCUAACCCUUCUUCUUAUUCCUUAUCCGAGAUUUGGCCUAUGCCUAUUCCUCAUUUCCCUUCCUUCCCCGACCACACUCCAAAUCGCAGGAAGAGGAGGAAGGAUGAUUCUCCCAAUCACUCCGAUGAAAACGGUGCUUUGGAAGCUGAAGCGGAUGCAACUUCAGUAGCCGGUAACAAGUUACCUGAACAAACUGCUAAACCUUUUUCUGAGCCACCUAAGCAAGAUUACAUACAUGUUAGAGCAAGAAGAGGCCAAGCUACCGAUAGCCACAGUCUUGCAGAGAGAUUUUUGCAGGCAAGAAGAGAAAAAAUCAGUGAGAGAAUGAAAAUUCUUCAAGAUUUAGUACCCGGAUGUAACAGGGUAAUUGGUAAAGCACUUGUCUUGGAUGAGAUAAUCAAUUACGUUCAGUCACUGCAGCGUCAGGUUGAGUUCCUUUCGAUGAAGCUUGAAGCAGUUAAUUCGAGAUUGAACAUGAACCCUGCUAUUGAAUGUUUUCCUUCAAAAGAUGUUGGUACUCAGCCAUUCGACCUAGCUGGAAUGAUAUUUGGAUCACAAGCAGCCAGAGGGUAUGCUCAGGGAUCACAACCUGGAUGGCUGCAUAUGCAGAUAGCUGGUGGUUUCGAGAAAGCAACAUAAUUCAAUGACAGAUGAAUCAGUGUGCUUUUUUACAAUAAAAAGAAAGAUUCAGUGGGGUUGGUUGGUUAACAUGAUGCAUUGACAACCUAGUCAAUUGGUGCAGAGAACUGUAGGUCUGUGUGUCCAUUGUCAUAGUAUGAUACCAUUUUGUGAGAAAUACAUCUAAUCUCCAUGUGCUUCAUCUGACUGGGCAUGUUGUGCUUCACUAUGUUAGAAACUGAAAUAAUCUUCUUGUGGUUUUCGUUUUAAAACCUUGCUGUGAUAGGAUUCUUCUCUCCAGAGUUGUUGUAUCAUAAUUCACAUGUAUUAGCAGGAUAUGUAUUCACGUUUCCCGAGUGGAGACGGUAUGAAAAUUACCCCAAGUUAGUAAAAUUGAGUCAUUGUCAGAAAUGGAUUGGAUAACGCCAAAUAUGUCUCAGAU